AACAAACAGCAAACAAUAGGAAUAGAAACUCAUCAGUUGUUAAAUUUGUAAUAUUUCCAGCAUUUUCUCAGCAAAAAAAAAAAUGUUUGCAAAUAGAGUGGCUAUUAUAACUGCUUCUACAGAUGGUAUUGGAUUGGCAAUAGCUCGAAAACUAGGACAACAAGGCGCCAAAGUAAUUAUCAGCAGUAGGAAACCGAAAAACGUAGAAAGAGCUACAAAAAUACUCUUAGACGAAGGUAUUCAAGUCAAAAGCACCGUUUGUCAUGUUUCUGACAGCACAAGCAGAAAGAAACUAUUUGAAGCUGCAGAAGAGUUUGGUGGCCUUGACAUCCUAGUAUCCAAUGCCGCAGUUAAUCCAUAUUUUGGUGGAAUUUUAAAUUGCGACAUAAAGAUUUUCGACAAAAUUUUCGAUGUAAAUGUGAGAUCUUCUUUUCUAUUAGCACAGGAAGCACUACCACUGCUGAGAAAGAGCAAAAAUGGAAGAAUUAUAUUCAUUUCUUCAAUUUCAGCGUAUUAUCAACACAAGCUUUUAGGUCCUUACGGCAUGAGUAAAACUGCCCUCUUAGCUCUAACCAAAUCAGCUGCCAAACAAUUAGCUGCAGAUGGUAUAACUGUGAAUUGUAUUUGCCCUGGGCUUAUAGAUACUCGAUUUUCAGAAGUGUUAACGAGCGAUGAGGAGAAAAAUAAAGAAGAACUAUCUAGAAUACCAAUGGGAAGAGCUGGUACUCCCGAAGAAGUAGCAGCAUCAGUCUCCUUUAUUGCUUCAGAUGAUGCAGAGUAUCUCACUGGAGAGAAUAUUUUGGUAGCUGGAGGAUUUUCAUCUAAACUCUAAUGAAAUACACUAUUGGAAAAAGAGAAGUAUUCGGUUUUAAUUUAGGCAUUUAAUUUUUGUAUUGUGAAAGGCUAGAAACCUAAAUAAAAAUCAAUAGAUACCUAA